AUGGGUAACAACCCUUCCAAGGGCCCUAUCGGUGAAAUUCCGUCGGCUGCGAGCCCUUCAACACCUCCGCCCUCUACAGAAAAGAAAGUGACCCGCCAACCGUCGCUCAAUGCAUCAUCCGGUACCUCCAAGGCUACUGCGGUCGACCCCUCCGCCUCCAAAGAAACGGCCACGGGGCAUUCAACAUCACAGACCCAAGCACCGGCGCAACGUCUGCAAUCCCGCAAUCCGGCGGAUUCGACCGUACGAAAUGUUCCCGAGUCAAAGAAGCUGGAAUCUCGCCCCAAGGAUAUCGCCGCCCCCGAUCCGUCGAACCCGGUGCAGGUGCCGGUCUCUCGUACCGCCGCGAGACGUGAUCCUUAUCCGCCCGUAGCACCGUCUGCUCCACCUCACAAUACGUACUACAGUCAAUCCACUCAUCUCCAGCGUCCGCCUCGGAUGCCCCUACCGAUCGGCGAUGCGACGACUACGCCCGGCUCACCCAUCAUCGGGCCCGAUGAUUCAUACAUGGGAUCGCCUCCUUCCGACCCGCUGCUAGAGGAGGGUGCCGGUCCGAGGGAAUCACAACUGAGCAGCACGGUUGCCGAUGACGACGAGAUGCUGGAUGAUCUCCAACCCAACGCUAGCACUGGGGUGGGUCGAGCCGUGCCCACGAUAAUAGAAUGGACCGCACCGGGAGACAAGGUUUAUGUUACUGGAACCUUUGUGAACUGGGAAAAGAAAUUCCGUCUGCACAGGGGCGAAAAUUCCGGGGUCUUGUCGUCGAAAUUGAACCUUCGCCCGGGAACACAUCAUUUGAAAUUCAUUGUUGAUGGCGAAAUGAGAGCGUCGGAUAAUCUCCCUACCGCGGUGGACUUCACCAACCACCUGGUCAACUAUGUUGAAGUGAGCGCGGGCGAUGUAAACCGGUCGCGGAGUCAUAGUGACAGGACCUCGCGGAAUGCUGCGACUCCGGGAGUGCAUCCACCUCAAGCACCAUCCGAUCCGGUGGGAGCAUCGCAGGAUGAAUCCACCGUGGAGGACCAGUCCGAAAAGGAAGAGCCCGAGGAGAUUCCUUUGGGCGAUUUCCGCGGUAUUCUGCCGCAAUUCCUCGUCGACUUGGACAGGGAGGAUGAAACCCAAGAAACCCCCGCUUACCAGCAAGCCGUCAAUAUCAUCGGUGAAGCGCCUACUCCUCCAAGUCUCCCUCUGUUCCUAGGAAAGUCCAUCUUAAACGGCACUACGCCGAUGAAGGACGACAGCAGCGUUCUGAACUACCCCAACCACACGGUUCUGAAUCAUCUUGCCACAAGCAGCAUCAAGAAUGGUGUUCUCGCUACGAGCGUAACGACUAGAUACAAGCGCAAGUAUGUGACGACAAUACUGUAUAAGCCGACAGGAGAUAUUACAGGCUAG